AUGUCUCAGGGCUUCGAAGAUCCGGAAACCGUAGCUCCCAGUCCUCAAAGAUCCCCAUCCGCAAGGUCAGGUCGCCCGGAUAUAGUUCGCUCCCAGUCCACAGGUAGCACGGGGGGUUGCUGGACAUGUCGCGUAAGACGGAAAAAAUGUGACGAGCAGCGGGAAGGAGAUUCUUGCGCAACAUGUCUCCGUCUCAAAAUAAAAUGUUUAGGUUGGGGACCUAGACGGCCUGAGUGGCUCAAGGAUAAACAAGCCGUGAAAGCUUACAAGGAGGAGAUCAAGGCACAACUCGCAAGACAAGGGAUGAUCCGUGGUAUACCCAGAUCGGUAGCGAGCACGCCAACUACUCCUUCGAGCUUCAGUCACCACCUGGAGCCGAACACCUACGACCUGACUCCCCACUCGGCCGGUCUGGUGGCAUCUCACGACUACUACACGUACGAAGAAGGGCAAGGCCUCCACUCACCAGGAUACAGUUUUUCGUCGAGCGGUGACUCCGAUAUAUCGUCGUUGGGCAUAUACGAAGAUCCGACCGCCAGCCAUGCCGGACCGUCCUCGUCGUCGGGACUAUAUCAUGGGAGGUCGGAGCAUACGCCAGGUACAUCAAGGAUAGACAUCAGCCGAUAUCAAUCAUAUCCACAGGCCGCACAAAUUCCCGCCGGAGCCCUUACCUCAUAUGCCGUCCCACCUGCUAAUGCAGUGGAAGGCGAAUACGUACUUUAUUACUUCCAGCAUGUUCAGAAGCUACAGUUCUUCCCCUCUGAUAAUCGCCUCACGGAUGCGCUUUAUAAAUCUAUUCUUGAAGAGCCCCAUGGCGCCGUCACUAAUGCUGUAUGCUCCCUGGCUAGCCUGCAUUACACCAACUCCCGUGUCGCGCAAGGGCUGGAGCAAGAGAACCCGGACCUACAGACGACUCUGGCGAUGCGGUUCUACAACCAUACGUGCUAUCAAUUGAAUACAUCGAAGUUCACUCGUGGUCACUAUGGCGCGAAAGACGCAACAGCCGCUUUACAUCUCGCAUCCUUCUCAAUCUUUUCCAAGCCUCCGACCGACUGGGCGCCCAUGCUAGAGAUUGCUUGCGACUGGUUCGGCCAGAGUGACAUCUUCGUGGCGGAGGAUCCUGUGGCGUGUUUAAUGAACAUGGACUAUCUCGGCCAGUUUGCUGCGAAAGCGACAAUAUGGCUGGAUAUCGUGUCCAGUGUGAGCCUAUUGCAGCCGCCGAGGUAUCUGUCCUUGUAUCGUCGACUAUUGGGCGCCGGGACUACCUAUUGGGCCGGUACCAGUGCAGCUUCUCGGCCGAGCCCGAGCUUGGGCAUGGAACGGUUUACGGGCUGUGCUGAUGCGGUGCUGCUUGCAAUAGCGGAGAUUUCGGCUUUGGCGCACUGGAAAGCACAGGAACUCCGCCGCGGGUCGCUCAGCGUGCGUGAGCUCGUGCGUCGGGGCGAUGAUAUCGAGCGCCAAUGGCUUCAAGGACCUCGUGUUCCCUCGGCUCUGGAGCAAGGGCAGGCACGCGCCGGCAGUUCUCGAGUUCCUUCACCCUUAGCUCUGGCAUCAUUUCCUGCGGAUGGUCAAACACAUCCUUCCGUGUAUUCCCAAGAUGCUGGCGGUCUAGUCGCUGAGCUGUACCGCGAGAGCGCUAUCCUGUACCUUCACAUCACGCUUAAUGACUGUAUUUCCGACAUAUCCAACUCUGUAAAUUAUAUCAUCCAACUUCUCCAACGUAUACCCCGGACGGACGAUAGGUCUCUCAUAUUCCCCUUGUUUCUUGCGGCUUGUGCAUCCGAUGGCCAAUGCCGCGAUGUUUUCUGGGCAUGGUUUAUCGAUCAGGAAGCAAAUGGCAUCGGCAGUGCUUCAAGAAUACGAUCCCUGUUGGAGUCCCUAUGGAAGCAACGCGACAUCACCCGUGGCGUGUCCACCGUAGACUGGCGCGAUAUCAUGAGGGAACUUGGGCUGAAUUUACUCCUUGCGUAA